UUAUCAUUUUUUUCGCUGUCAAAAUCAACUAUAGAAAUGUACAUUUUUUAAUAUUUCAUCUUUAGUUUUUCGAUAUUUGUCAACAAAAUUUUUUUUCACUCCCCUUCCAAAUUUUCGGCCACAAAAUUCGCAAGCUCAGGGAAACUGUCGGCAUGUCCGGCAAAACCAAAGGCCAUAAAGUCAUCACCGUUGAGUCGAAGUCGCAUUAUCAAAAGCUCAUCGAAGAUGCUGGCCAAACACAUGUUCUGAUCGAGUUCUAUGCCACAUGGUGUGCCCCGUGCCGCAUCAUUGGAGUGCGGCUCGAGGAAUUGGCCCACGAAUAUGCCGAUAAGCUGGUGAUACUUAAAAUCGAUGUAGACGAUCUGGAAGAGCUAGCCGUGGAGUUUGAUGUUUCGAGCAUGCCCACAUUUGCAAUUGUCAAGAACAAGGUGAUAGUUGAGAAAUUUGUGGGCAGCAAUCCGGAUAAAGUUGAAUCCACUCUGGUAAAAUAUUGUGGCAAGCCGGACGCUACAGCGGCAACUGCAACUGCAUCUGCUUCCCCAGCAAAAUCCGGAGCAGGCUCAUCGAAGGCAGUCGCCGAGGCCGCAAAUGGCAAGAGCAAGAAGUGAAAGCGCCAGCCCAGUUAGCUGAACUGGAAUUUAAUUCUAAAUUAAGUGGUGUAUUAAAUUUGUACGCUGUGCUCACUUAAAGUGACCCUCACGCUUAUCUCUGGUCCACACACACAAUGAGCCUUUGUUUGUUAGCGCAUAAUCUAUGAUCUACUUGCCAGCCAA